AUGAGUUAUGGUAGUGUUUUUCAGAGCCAGAGCCAGAGCAUACCGAAUCAAUCCAAUAGAUCAACAGUAAGACCGCAACCAAGUAAGGAGUUCGUUGCUAGUACUGUCAGGCGAACCCCAUGCACGAGUUGUGGUAAAAACCAUCGAGAGGGCACCAACGGUGUAAGGAAAAAGGUUGUUGUUGGAAGACCUACGCAACAGAGAAAAGUCUAUGCUAUUACUCAACAAGAACGAGAGGAUGCACCAGAUGUAAUUGCUGGUACAAUUCUUAUUUGUAAUGUACCUACAGAUGUUUUAUUUGAUCCAGGUGCUACGCAUUCCUUUGUUUUUAAUAUAUUUCUGACUAAGCUGAAUAGGAUGCUAGAGCCUUUAUCUGAGGGGUUAGCUAUAUACACUCAAGUUGGUGACGUUUUACUUGUCAAUGAGGUAUUACGUAAUUGUGAAGUUUUAGUAGAAGGUAUCAAUAUGCUAGUGGACUUGAUACCACUAGAGUUACAAAGGUUAGAUGUAAUUUUGGGAAUGGAUUUCUUAUUUACUCACUAUGCAUCUAUGGAUUGCCAUAGGAAGGAAGUGGUUUUUCGAAAACCAGGCUUUGCUGAAGUGGUUUUUAGAGGUAUGAGGAAGGUCGUUCCUAGGAGUUUAAUCUCAGUUUUAAAAGCUGAGAAAUUGCUGAGGAAAGGUUGCACGUUUUUUGCACACGUGGUAGUAGUGCAGAGAGAAGAGUUGAAGCCAGAAGAUGUUCCUGUGGUGAAAGAGUUUCUUGAUGUAUUUCCAGAUGAUCUGUUAGGUUCGCCACCUAAUAGAGAGAUUGAGUUCAUUAUUGACUUGCUUCUAGGGACAACAUCUAUUUCACAAGCAUCGUAUAAAAUGGCUCCGAGCGAGCUUAAAUAA